AUGGAUGAACACACCAGGAAGAAGGUUGCCGGCGGGUCGGGACUGAGUCGGAGAGUUGCCAACCUCUCAUCUCGGAGCAGUCUCGAGGAUGGAAGAGGCAUCCAGUGCUGCAGUCGACGAGGAUGCGGCGCCAGACAUGACUCCAUGGACGGUUCCCAGCCCGGCGGCUCGGUGGGGAUCAAAUCGUCAAAGUCGGCGCGCCUUUCCACAAGUAGCAAGAGGAAGAUGCCCACGCCCUCCUCUGGUGCGAAAGGGCACGAGAAAGCUCCGCCGGAGCGGCGGAGCAGAGCUACCUUGGAGGGCGGCAGCGGCGGCGGCGGCGGCGGCGGCGGCGGCGGAGGCGGUGGACUGAGGAAGAAGAAGGCAGAGCUUGACUCCGGCGCUAGGCGAGAGAAGCUGACGAAAUUGGAUGUGGAUUCUACCCGUGUUGAUGUUCCCGAAUCUUCCACCAUGAGAGUCUCGAACCAUUGUCUAUCAACGUCGACCUCAAGGAGCUGCAGGUCGAAUAAUCGAAGGUCCAUGGCUUCCGGCGACCAGGGUGUAACCUCAGCUCCGCUCCAGCGAUCUGUUCUACCAAGACACUCAGGGCAAGCUGCGAAAUCUUCUCUGCCCCAGCGUUACGGCCUCAGGAACUUGAGCUGUUCGUCAAUCUCUGAUGUGAUACGGUCGGGUUGCGCUGACGCCGAUCGCAAGAAACUGAUGGAGUCUUCAAGAAGGAGAUGCAGCGCCGCCGGGAAGGGUUCUACUCCAAGAGGUAAGAGCGUCGUCGGGCCCCCUGACUUCUCCAGGGACUGUCUUCCCAGCUCGUCUGUUCUUGAGCGGCCGCCACCUCGAGCACCUUCAAGGGCCAGGAAUCAGCUCUGCACCGGAACAGCUCGGCCUGCUAAUGGCGACGGUAGAAUGAGGCUCUCGAGGUUUUCCGGCGAUUCCGAGAUCCUUCUUCUCCCGCUGCCGCCGCCGCCGCCGCCGCCGUCUCGGGGAAGAUUUUCUCUCUCCGAGGCAGCCUUUGUAGAUUCCCCACGAUCGGCCCCUUUGCACAUGGCCUCAACUCGUCAACGCGGCCUGGGCGGUGGGUCUCGUCCGGCGUCGGCGGCUCUUCGAGAUCGCAACUCGAGAUUUUCCGACCGCCGUCUGGUCGACGACGUCGCAGAGGUGAGGCCCGGACCACAAGUCAGCUCUUUUGACUUUCAUUCGCGAACCAUCUCACGAUUCCAUGAAGAAUAUCUGAAGCUACUAUUCAUUUAUUCCGCCGAAUUCUGCAGGUGCUGCUGGCGCUGGAGAGACUCGAGCAAGAAGAAGAGUUGACCCACGAGGUGGCUCUUGACACUCCCUUUAAUUCCAUUUUUAGCACAUUGAAUGAUAUGAUGUUGUUCUUUCAGCGAUUGACGGCUCUCCAUUCGACUUUGGUCCGAGGGGGGAUCGGCUUCCCCGAUCAACAUAGGGACUGGAGGCUGGACAUUGACGACAUGACUUACGAGGUUGGUUGCCAAGACGACAGUCAGCGGCGUUGACUAUGAGAAUAAAUGUGGGGUUGGGGGGGGGGGGUGUUGUUGAUCAGUUAUUUACCAUGCCUGCAACCGUUGACAUCGAGGGCUCCUCUGCCUGCGACAGGAAUUGCUGGCCCUCGAAGAGAAGAUGGGGACCGUCAGUACCGCCCUCUCCGAGAAGCAGCUGCUGGAGUGCCUCGAGAGCAGCCUGUUCAGGCCCAGCUCGGGACUCGGAGCGCCACGCGCAUACGACAGCGACGACACCAAGUGCAGCAUUUGCCAGGUACGUCCGGUCAAUCCCCUUCUUGCUUCUUCUUCUUCUCCUUCUUCUUGGAGAACAGUGAGGUCGAUUUGCUGCUUCCGCUGGUGGUUGUAGGAGGAAUACGGCCUGGGGGACGAGAUGGGGAAGCUCCACUGCGGCCACCGGUAUCACAUGGGCUGCAUACAUCAAUGGCUUCGGCAGAAGAAUUGGUGCCCGGUCUGCAAGUCCUCGGCGAGCCCAUCCUCGAAGAGGAGGGAUUGA